AUGCUAGCCGCGCGGCCAUGGGGAGGCUUAGGUGGGGGAGCGGAUAUCGCGCAGGUGUUCGAAAGGAACCAGGAAGCAACACUUUAUGUAGGCAACAUAGAUUCACAAGUUGAUGAAGACCUUCUGUGGGAGCUCUUCACGCAAGCGGGAGUUGUGCGCCUUGUGAAUAUACCCAAAGACAAAGUUACUGGGGCACACCAAGGAUAUGCUUUUGUGGAGUUCGAGUCGGAAACAGAUGCAGAUUUUGCAUUGAAGUUAAUGGGGAUGGUCAAGCUUUAUGGCAAGCCUUUGCGUCUCAGCAAAGCGGCCCAUGACCGCAGGGUUUUUGACGUCGGAGCGAAUCUGUUCGUGGGCAAUCUGGACCCUGACCUCGACGAGAAAGUUCUAUUCGACACGUUUUCUUCUUUUGGAAACGUUGUGUCUGCAAAGGUGAUGCGGGACCCGGAAACGGGCAUAUCGAAGGGCUUUGCGUUUGUCUCGAUGGAGACUUUUGAGGCCUCGGAUGCAGCACUGGCAGCAAUGAAUGGGCAGUUUCUUUGCAACAGGCCUGUGCACGUUUCCUACGCGUACAAGAAAGACACGCGGGGCGAGCGUCACGGAUCUGCUGCUGAACGUCUCCUGGCGGCCAACCGGCCCACGGUAGAACGGCCUGGGGGCUCCAAUGCACCGAAGGAAGGGCCGGUGCCGCUGCAGCAGCAGCAGCAGCAGCAGCCUCAGCAGCAAGCCGGAGGUGGACCUCCAUUUGGAGUUAUGCCCAAUGUGGUCCCUGGGGGCCCUGGGGGCCCCCUGCCUCCUCUGCCUCUUCCGAUGAUGGGUUCAGGGCCUCCAGGGGCCCUUCCGCCCCCCCCUAUUUUCUUUAUGCCACGGCCCGGCAUGCCCUUCCCGCCUCUGCCGCUGCCACCCACAAUGGCAGGGGCACCCCGGGGCCUCGUGGGGGCCCCGGGGGAACCGAGGGGCCCCUCUGCUGCGCCCAUGGGCAUGGGGGGGGCCCCCGGCUCUGUGCCUACUAUGCCACUAGGCGGAGGUGUGGGGAUGAUGCCAGGUGGGGGUUCAAUGCCCCCUGCCCGGCCCCCGGCAAUGGGGGCCCCCGCGGGGCCCGCGAGGGGCCCGCCGGGAGUCCCCCCAGGAGUGCCCGCAGGGGCAACUCCGGCAAGGCCUCCAGCCUUCCCCAUGCCAGCUCCUGGGAUGCCCGCACCCAUGCGGCCCCCCAUGGGGGCCCCUGGGGGCCCCAUGGGAGGGGCCCCUGGGGGCCCCAUGGGAGGAGCUCCGGGAGGCCCCAUGGGAGGAGCCCCUGGGGGACCCAUGGCGGGACCCCCGGGGGGCCCCAUGGGAGGGGCCCCUGGGGGACCGAUGGGAGGAGCCCCUGGGGGCCCGCCAAUGGGUAUGCCCCCUUUGGGAGGUCCGGGGGGUGGCCCGGGAAUGGCUCCAGGGCCUCGUCCUAUGGGCAUGCCUGCCAUGCCUGCUAUGCCGGGGCCCUUAACUUUGAGGCCUCCGCAGGGGCCCCCUCAGGGGCCUCCGCAGGGACCACCCCAGGGCUUCCAGUCAGCGCCUAAUGUCAUCAGACCACCCACUGUGCUGCCUCCCCCUACAGCGCCUUCGCUGCCACAGCAGUGA